AUGGAAUCGUUGCGUCGAGAGCUUUUCGUAGCAUCGUUUCCAAGGGAUGCUGCAAUGGAUGGGAGGAUCGAGGCGGAAAAGAGUGAAGAUGAGAGUACCUCUCUUGGUGUUGGGAUGAUAGCUUACUCGCACGCAUCUGUGAAGAAGAGGCAAAAACAAUACUUUGAGCAGAGGAGACAACAACAGCAUCAGCUCACAGUUGGGUCUGGGAGCUCUAAUAAUGAUAGGAACAAUGGUAUUCGACACGGAUCUUUGGAUAUUCUCAAUUUCAUCAACUUGUCAACCCCUGCUACUCCUGAAUGCAAACCUUCUCGUCCAGAAGAUGUAUUGGAAGAUUUGGAUGCUGGUUUCAACAGUCUGAAGGACAACAUUACAGGAGUAGGAAGUUCAUUUAACAAAAAAGCAGAAACUACUUCCUCAAAGAGGAUUUCGUUUAGUCUCCCUGACAACCCGACAAAUGAUUUUAAAAAAGCAAACACAUCAGCGGAUCUGAUGGAUGGCGCAGAGCGAAAGUUAUCCGUCUUUGAUUUGGUUGGUGAUGAUCACACAACAACAAACCUGGAAGAAUGUGCUCCAUCUGAGGCUCACAUGGCAUUUUCAGUUGAAGGAUUAGGAAAAAUAAACGCAGAAACUCCACCCAAUUCUCCACAACCAUCAGGCAAAAACUUCGCGUACCGGUGUUCUUCUCCAUGGAAUGAUUCCGGUCAACCUACAUCAAACGUCAGGGAAAGGCUCAAGGACUUUGAGAAUAAAGUGGACACAAAAAUUGGAAGUAGCAAAAUGUUCCAAGAUGACAACCAUUAUAGGUCUCCCGUUGACAUACAUGCUACAGAUGGGAACAUAAAGCAAAAAUUGGGUACUUUCAAUGGUCACUUGCGCAAACCAUAUAUCAGCGACUCAAGAGGCUACAUCUGUGACGCUGCAGAUUUCAACAAAAGCAGGAUCUUUGACGAAAACGAGUGGAACGCUAAGUCCACCUUUCUUGAUGACGGGGUAGACAGUUUUUACUGGAAGGACCAACGGCCAUGCCAAGAGGAAAGUUUGAACUUUAAUUUCACGAAUUGUGGAAGGGAUUACACUGAGAGUCGCUAUUCUGCAGGACACCAUGAGACAAAGAAGAGGGAUUACCUGGAAACGAACUGGAGGUCUAACAUCGAAGAUUCACCAGUUCGAAGACCACAGCGUCUAAAAAGGAUCAUCGAUGAUCCAAGCUUUGUUAAGGAAGCAACCCCCGACUUUGCUUUUGACAAAGUAUAUGACCCACCGGUUUGGUCAUCCGCUGUACUUGAAGAAGACGAAGACAGCCCUAGUUUGCGUAGUGAAGAGUCUUGCUCGUCUAGUGCAGUUUGGGCCAAUGAAACCUCCAUUUCACAUGGGACGAAUAAAAGACAGAAGAAAAGGGAAACUGAUUCUCUUUACAACCUUGGAGACCAGAAGUAUUUGAGUAAUGGCCUUACCCGAGAAUCUUGGGAAGAUUGGGAGGUGGAUGAUCCACAGUUGAAUAGAAAAGUUGGGUCUAGAAAUCAUGACAGACUAUCAAACCCAGGAAAGUUGAAAUCUACCAGUCAGAGAGACUCUGCUUUCAGGGGUGGUCUCGACACGCCUUACAAUUGGUUUACAGACGGAUUUACAGCUGCAGGCAUAAGCUCAGAUAUUACAACUGAGAGAGACAAACCAUAUCAUUUCCUUAACCCCGCUGUUGGUAGCUCGCACCGGCGUCAAUCUCGAGCCCCUGAUUCUAUUCCCGAAACAUGGGUUCCUAAGUUUUCAGCAGAAGGCAGUGGAUAUGAUGAUGAUGAUGAACACAACUACAUGAACUGUGUAUCAGCAAACCAUAAAUCUAAACUAGCAGGAGACAUCUGCAGUUUUGGGGGUGACACGUUAUCAGAGGACGACAAUGAAAGCAAGGGAGUGAAUGACCCAAAAAAUCAUGGAGAUGAGACCUCAUCAUCCGUUGUAAAGAGUCUCUCAGACGAAAAUGAGUAUGUACGGUGUAACCCGAACAAGGAGGUUAUGAAAGCUCGGCAUCAAGGAAACAGAGAAUCAGGAGAAAAGAUAAGUAGAGACUCGUACCAACAAAUGAUAAUGCUGGAAAGACGCACGGUUCAGCUCGUUUGUUUAAACAAGAGUUUGCUCCUUGACUCUUUAAAAACUUAGGUAAGAAGUUCAUAUCCAUAUCUUUUGUCUUUUAUUUCAAGUUAUCUCUAAAACUGAAAUAAAUAUCAAUUCAUGUUUCGUGAGCAUAGGGAAUGUGCAACUUUGGUUUAUUUUAGUUGAGGGGUUACGCAGAUAUAAAAU